AUGCGCCUGCUGGACGACGACGAGGGGAUGGGCGAGGUCUGCCUGGCGCUCCUCCGAGGGCGCGCGCUGGCGAUCAACCCGAACCUGUUCUACGCGCGGCCCACGAUCGCUGGCCUCCACCUGCAGUUUGCCCGGACCGCCCGCACCAGGCGCGAGGUGGCUGCCCAGCUCCGCGAGGCGCGCGCGGUCCUGGCCGAGCACGUCGGCAGGCGCCCCGAGGACACGGACUCGGGCAGGCUGCUGGACCAGCUCGUCAAGGCGCUCGAGAUGUUCGACGACCAGACUGCCCAGGCGCCCUAG